GACGGCACCACACGGCUCUGUGCUAGCGCUGCCCCUAACCCAACAACAUCAACAAAAUCGUUCAAAUGGUUUGUUUAUUUUGCGUCCCAGACUCACAUACUGCAGCGGUAAUAUGGACAGUUAAUCUCUCAAAUAAGAAUGAGUUUUGAGGCUGUCGGAAUGAAUAGAACAUCACAGUCAGUGUGGACAACAGGACAUAAUCAUCACCAUGACAUUCUUGAUGACAAAAUUGGGAAAGCAGGUUUUAUGGAUCAGUUACGAGCCCUCCUGAUUCGUAAUCUGACACUGAAGAAGCGAGAUAAACGCAAGACUCUAUCGGAAUUUCUCAUGCCCCUUUACUUCAUUCUUAUAUUGGCAAUUAUACGCAUGGCAAUUAAAGAUAAACAUUAUGGUCCCAUCCUAGAACCCCAUGGCAAUGCAUCACUUAUGAGUAGUCUCUCAGCAUUUGAAGGAAAGAUUCUCCACGUGGCUCCAAAUACUACAGCAGUUAGAAAUGUCACAGAGGAGAUUCAGCAACUUGGAGCCAAUUUCUUAACCAAUUUCUCAGUCAGAUACUACAAUUCACAGGACGAGUUAAUUGAUAUCUUUCAACAGGACAGGCUCAUGUUAGCAGCAGUGGUAUUCUCUGAUGAUCCGUUGAAAAAUAAAAGUUAUGUCCUGAGGUUUAAUCCACUCUCAAACAUUCCUGCUGCUACUCGGUUAUGGACUAGUGGAUCAGAUUGUCGUUCCCCUAACCAGAAGGGCUUGCAGUUCAGUGGUUGCCCUCCAAAUCGCUACUACUUUUCUGGGUUUUCAGCUCUCCAGACUCUUAUUGAUAUUGCCAUUAUUAGGAUGACGACAAAUAAAGCUGCUGAAGUUCCAAAUGUGAUGCUUGAAAACUUCCCAAAGGACAGUUAUGAAUCAAACGGAGGACUUAUUUUGCGAAACAUAGUUCCUCUUUAUAUGGUGUUUGCUUGGGCUCAGUUCAUUGUGUACUUAAUGAAUUUAGUUGUGGAGGAGAAAGAAAAGAAAAUAAAAGAAAGUAUGAAAAUGAUGGGUCUGAGGGAUUCUGUUUACUGGUUGUCAUGGUUUGCCGUAUAUGCUGGUUAUGUAUUAGCACUGGCAGUAAUCUGCAUUAUUGUCCUGCCUCUUGCCAAAGUAUUCCAAAAUGCUAACCUCGUCCUCCUGUUCAUCCUGUUUAUUCUCUACGGUUGUUCCUCUAUUGUUUUUGCUCUUAUGAUGACUCCAUUCUUCAGUAAAGCAAAGGUGGCAGGAAUUGUGGGAAACUUGAUGCAAGUUGCUUUGAGCUUGUUGUUUUACCUGCAGGUGUAUCUAGAGGAUGAUAUUAGUCCAGGAGUGUUUUGGAUUCUUGGAAUCUUUUCUCCUUGUGCCUUUUCUUUUGCCCUUGAUAAGGUGAUCCUGUUUGACUACUCUUCUGGGGGCUUGGAUUUCGAUAAACUAUGGAUUGGACCAGGUCUACCCUUUGCUGGAAGUCUUAUUAUGAUUUCCAUUGACAUAUUCCUCUACCUCUUUUUGGCAUAUUAUUUGGAUAAUGUUAUCCCAAGUGAAUAUGGAACCAAGAGGAAACCCUGGUUUUUAUUUCAAAAGUCAUUCUGGAUUGACAGCAACAAAAGUUUUCAGUUUUCUUUACUGAAUGCUGAAGAUGAUGAAGCUCUAACAAGCCCAGAUUUGGAACCAGUUUCUUCUGAGGUAGCCAGAAAAGUUGCCGUUCGCAUCCGAAAUUUGAAAAAAACUUUCUACCCUUCUAAGAAGGAGCCUCUGAAAGCUGUGGAUGAUUUCAGCCUUGAUAUUUAUGAAGGCCAAAUAACUGCAAUCUUGGGCCACAAUGGAGCAGGGAAGACAACAUUGUUUAAUGUACUCACAGGCAUGACAGCUCCAACAGCAGGCAGUGCCUCAAUCUUUGGGAUGGAUGUUUGUGAUGCCAAUGAUUUGACAAAUAUUAGACGAAUCACUGGUAUUUGUCCCCAACAUGAUGUCAUCUUCAUGACACUCACUCCACGUGAACAUCUAACCUUCUUUGCUCAAAUCAGGGGAAUUGAAUCUGGAAAUAUCAAAGCAGAAGUAGAGCAGACACUGAAGGACAUAGACCUCUAUAGCAAAGGAGAUACAACAGCUGCCAACCUUUCAGGUGGGCAGAAAAGAAAACUUUCAAUUGGUAUUGCCCUUAUUGGAGACCCAAAGAUAAUUUUCCUAGAUGAACCAACAGCUGGAGUUGAUGCUUAUUCUAGAAGAAGACUUUGGACACUUCUAAAGACCAAGAAGGAAGGAAAGGUGAUUUUGCUGACAACUCAUUUCAUGGAUGAAGCUGAUAUUUUGGCUGAUAGGAAGGCAAUUUUAUCACAUGGCAGACUUCGGUGCUGUGGUUCAUCUCUUUUCCUUAAAAACAAGUUUGGGCUUGGUUAUCAUCUCACGCUGGUAGUUGCUGAAGAUGCUGACACAGAUGUGAUACUCAAAUCACUGGAGGCAGUUGUCCCUCAAGUCCAGAUGGCACGCUAUUAUGGGAAAGAACUAGCCUUCAUUCUGCCUUCUAAUUCUGCUCAUCAAUUUCCAAUCCUUUUCAAACAACUUGACCAGAAUGUCACUGUUGCUGACAAAAACAUUGGCAUUGAAAGUUAUGGUAUCUCUAUGACUACACUUGAAGAGGUUUUCUUGGCUUUAAGUGAAGAAAAUGAAGGCAAUGAACUUCAAUCUGUAGAAAAUUUUGGUUAUCAAGUAAUAAAAGAAAGGUCUACAUCAUCUCUUCAUAUUGCAUCAUCAGGCAUGGUAGAACUGAAUGAACAUGGAGGAAAUAAUAUGGAUAUGAAUGGAUUUGCCAUUAAUGCAGUUGAUGUCAAGCGUGAUGCAUGGCGAACAUUUAAAGCCCUGUUAAAGGUUCGCUUUAUUAAUGUCUCUCGGGAAGUGUUAGCUGUCAUCUUCUUAAUUGUUCUGCCCCUUGCAUUUGUUGUUGCAUCAAUUGCCCUGGCUGGUUCUCAAGAUAUAGAAGUGUCAGAUAAACCUCUUCAAUUAGUCCCUGAAAUAUACGGUCCGAAACUUGGUGGUGCACUACUGCAUAAUUCUUCAGAACAUGAGUUGACAUCUAUAGAAUCAACCUUUAAAUCAAUGAAUAUGACAGUUGAUAUCUUCUCCGGCAACUAUUCAGAAAUUCUUAACCUAUCUGUGCAUAUGGGUGCUCUCGAUGUUAAGCGCUUUCCAUUUACCACGAAUCCUGAGACAGCAGACUUGACUCUUCUAUUUAAUGACACAUAUGCGCACUCCAUUCCAAUUCUCGUUAACCUUGUCAAUAAUGCUAUAAUGAGUUCUCUUGGUGGAGAACAAGAUGUGAUCCAUGCUACAAUUCAUUUUCUUCCAAACUUAUUGGGCAAUGUCAAGUUUGAUAUAUCUUCAUUUAUGUCUCCAGUGAUGAUUGGUUAUACUUUCUCAUUGAUUCCAGCUGGGCUUGUUAUUGAUCUUGUGUAUGACAGAGAGAUUAUGGCAAGAAACCUCCUCAGACUGAAUGGUGUGGGAUUCAACUUUUAUUUCUCUUCAUUUUUUAUUGUGAUGGGUGCAAUGUACAUGGUGUCUUACAUUGGCCUACUCGUCAUCAUUGCUGCAUUUCAAGUACCAUCACUUAUCAUUCCCUCAGCCUAUGGUGCCAUAGCUAUCCUUUACCUACUCUACAUGCCAUGUGCCCUGAUGACUUCUGCAGUUUACUGUUACUUAUUUGAUAAAUCAGAAUCUGCCAGGCAGUUUUACCCAGGCAUGGCUAUAACAGUAGGAUUUUUGGCAUACACAGUUGUUUCUCUUGUUUAUUUAUUAGCUAAUAAUGAACAUGUUAGUUUCAUACUGCAUGUAGUCUUUGCUGUAUUGUUUCCUCAGUAUAUUCCAUUUGGCCUUUUAUUUUUCAUAAACAUAAUUUACAUUGAAUGUUCUUUAACUGAUAGCUGUAACAACCUCACAGCAAAUAGUUACAUGACAAAACAGAUAAUUGCACUUUUUGUGAUAGUUCUAGUUGACAUUCCUUUGUAUUACAUUCUUUUAAGACUUGCAGACACACUUAAGCUUGGUGGCAGCUGGCGUGAUGCCCUCUGGAUGAACAAAUCUAAAGUUGGAAUCCCUCGUCAAAUUGAUGAGUCUGAAAUUGAUACACCAGCAGAUGAAGAUGAUGAUGUAAAAGAAGAACGUUCAAAUGUUGCCGCUGCUAUUAGAAAUGGUGACACGGCUUCUACAGUGCUCAUCUAUGACCUUGGAAAAGAAUACAAAAAGGAAGAGGGAAAAACUGGACAUCCAUGUAAAAUCAAAGAAGGACAAAAUUUUGUUGCUUUGAAGAGUUUGUCCCUAGAGUUAAAAUCUGGACAAGUUUUUGGUCUUCUGGGCCCAAAUGGAGCUGGAAAAACCACUACUUUGCGAAUCAUGACAGCAGAGGAGAAACCUACAAAGGGAAAGGUACAAAUUUGUGGUGAGACUGUGUCAUCUAGUAUGUCCAGUGUGUUUGAGGCAAUGGGAUAUUGCCCUCAACAUGAUGCACUCUGGAAGAAUAUAACUGUUGCUGAGCACAUAGAAUGUUAUGCAGAAGUGAGAGGAGUUCAGGAAGACCAAGUGAAAAUCUUAACUGAUACAUACCUGAAAGGUCUGGAAAUAGAAGAACAUAGGAAGAAAAAGAGUAAGAAUUGUUCUGGAGGCACAAAACGCAAGUUGAGCUACAUCAUCAGUAUGAUUGGUCAUCCAACUGUGGUACUCUUGGAUGAGCCAUCAACUGGAAUGGACCCUAAAUCCAAGCGUUUCUUAUGGAAUUCUAUUCUUGCAUCUUUUAAGGGUGAAAGGAGUGCCAUACUGACAACCCAUUCAAUGGAAGAGGCUGAUGCUCUCUGUUCUAGAAUUGGCAUUUUGGUACAAGGUGGCCUUCGAUGUGUUGGAGCUAUUCAACAUUUGAAAAACAAGUAUGGGGGAGGAUAUACCUUGGAGAUAAAGCUUAAACAUAGAGACUCCUCUGCUGUGCUUAGAGAAAUUGGUGCACCUCCAGGUCAUUUUCAACAGUCAACCAGCAUGAUGGAAGAAGUAUGUACCAUGGUUAAGCAGACAUUCCCUAAUGCAGUCUUAGAUGAACAGUUUGAAGAACAUCUCACCUAUAAAGUGCCCCAACAUGAUAUCUCAAGUUUGGCAAAUUGUUUUGAAAUGCUGGAGAAGACUAAAACAGAGGGACUACUGGAGGAAUAUGCUCUAAGUCAAACAACAUUAGAGCAGGUAUUUCUGAAGUUUGCACGCCAACAGGAAUAUGAAGAUGAUGAAGAUGAAGCUAUUCACCAAUCUUCCCUUUCAACAGCUACUUUUUAGAGACUGACAGGUCCCAAGUUCGAUUCCAGCAUUAACUCUUGUGUUGCUUCGGGCUAAUUAGCAUUUGUCACCGACAGGCGCAUACCUAAAAAAAAAAAAAAAAAAAAUCUUCCUAACC